UUCGAGUUCACGGUCCCUCCGCGAUGGCGCGUACGAAGCAGACGGCGCGGAAGUCGACGGGCGGCAAGGCGCCCCGCAAGCAGCUGGCCACCAAGGCUGCCCGCAAGAGCGCGCCGGCCACGGGCGGCGUCAAGAAGCCGCACCGCUACCGGCCCGGCACGGUGGCGCUGCGCGAGAUCCGGCGCUACCAGAAGUCCACGGAGCUGCUGAUCCGCAAGCUGCCCUUCCAGCGCCUGGUGCGCGAGAUCGCGCAGGACUUCAAGACCGACCUGCGCUUCCAGAGCUCGGCCGUCAUGGCGCUGCAGGAGGCCAGCGAGGCCUACCUGGUGGGGCUCUUCGAGGACACCAACCUCUGCGCCAUCCACGCCAAGCGCGUCACCAUCAUGCCCAAGGACAUCCAGCUGGCCCGCCGCAUCCGCGGAGAGCGCGCUUAAGUCUCCUGCCGCAGCACUUCCCGGCCGGGCAGUGAGGCAACCCAUGCAGACCCAAAGGCUCUUUUAAGAGCCACUACAUGCACAAUUAAAAGAGCUGUAGCGCUGCUUAAAAUUUCGCUUGAAAUUCACGCGGGAUGCUUUGCAAAAUACUGAAGCAACAAGUUCUUUAGAACUUGUUCUGUAGGGCGAGUGUGAGAAAUAUUAAAGGGAGGGUGAUUAGAGAGGCUCAGGUAGAAUGGAGCGGUUUACAUCCCUGUGAGUGUUGGAUGUGACACAGCUUUGAGGAGAAAAGAGGGGGGUGGAGGGGCCUGACAGGGACACUCCUGUGUCUGGAGUCGACCCGUGCUCAGGAAAUCUGCAUCUUAAACCCUGCCUGGCUGGUUCAAGGCAAGGGCAGAAACUUCCUGUGUUACUGUCCUGUGUUGCUGUCAAACCUAACAGAUUGCCUUAAGGGGGCUGCCCCCUUGCCCCAGCAAUUCUUAACACCAGAAACAAGAAUACCCAUCACAAUAAAUCAGUUUUGAUUUUCUCA